CCCCCCCCUAGGGCUCACUCAGCCUCUGCCACCGAGGCCACAGCAGCUCCUGGAGCCCUCCCGAGCCCCCUCCCCUGCCUGCCCCCUGCCCGGGCAGCAUGUGGCUGCCGCUGGCGCUGCUGGCGCUGCUGUGGGCGCUGGGCUGGGCGCUGCGGGACCGGCGCCGCCUGCCCUCCGUGAAGGACAAACACAUCCUCAUCACCGGCUGCGACAGCGGCUUCGGCAACCUCCUGGCCCGGCGGCUCGCCCGCAGGGGCUACCGGGUGCUGGCCGCCUGCCUGACCCAGAAAGGGGCAGAGGCGCUGGAGAGAAGCUGCGCAGGGCACCUCCAGACCACCCUGCUCGAUGUCACCAGCAGCGAAAGCAUUCGCAGGGCGGCGGAGUGGGUGCGGGCUGAGGUGGGGGAGAAAGGUCUCUUCGGGCUGGUGAACAACGCCGGCGUCGCCAACCCGAUCGGCCCCACGGAGUGGAUGGCAGUGGAGCACUACCGGCAGGUGCUGGACGUCAACGCCCUGGGGGCCAUCGAGGUGACCCUGGCACUGCUGCCCCUGCUGAAGCGGGCACGGGGCAGGGUGGUCAACACCUCCAGCGUCCUGGGCAGGCUCUCUGCCAACGGCGGCGGCUACUGCAUCUCCAAGUACUGCGUGGAGGCCUUCUCCGACAGCCUGCGGCGUGACAUGUACCACUUUGGGGUCAAGGUGAGCAUCGUGGAGCCUGGCUUCUUCAAGACAGCUGUGACCAACCUGGAGAGCAUUGAGGCCUCCCUGCGCCAGCUCUGGGACCGGCUGGCACCGGAGACCAGGCUGAGCUACGGCGAGGACUUCUUCCACAAGUACCUGAAGGUGCAGAGGCUGAUCAUGACCCUGCUGUGCGACGCUGACCUGACCAAGGUCACCUGGUGCAUGGAGCACGCCCUGGCUGCUCGCCACCCCCGUGCCCGCUACAGCGCCGGCUGGGAUGCCAAGCUGCUCUGGCUGCCAGCCUCCUACCUGCCCUCCUGCCUGGUGGACUUUGCCCUGGCCACCAUCCUGCCCAAGCCUGCCCACCGGGUCCGCUAGGUGCCCACGAGGUGCCCCCCGUG